AUGUCCGCCGGACAGGAUACCGAAGAGAGCGACGGCCAAGCAACGUCUCCAGUCAUGGUAUCUGCCGCGCUUGGAGAUCACUUUGCUCAGGCCCUCAAAGACCUGGCUAGCAAGAUCCCCAUGGGCCAUGGCCAUGCCGGCAUCCCGAACAGCCAAGCGGCCAUCUCAUCUCACAUCUGGUCUCAUGCUCCCCAGACCCAGAAUCAAAUGUGA